AUGGGGAGACUGCAUACACUGGCCGCCGGCACCGCCUUGCUGGCCCUCGGGGCGAAGGCGCAAAUGUCCUAUCUGGGCUGCGCCUCCCUCGAUACUUCCAACAUCAAGGGGACCAUCGAUUUAUAUCCUCAGGGUCCGUCGUCAUGUCUCGCAUACUGCAAUAGCAUAGGAUACUCGUACGCGGGUCUGCAGGCCCAGUUCUGCUCUUGCUGGGCAUCGUCCCCCGUCGCCACCCAGAAGUACGCCGACAGUGGGCAUGCGGACUGCUCGUUCAACUGCGACGACCCUUACAGCAACCAGUACUGCGGCGGCAUCGACCUCAGCACGCUCGGCUUCCUGUACAGCUACUACGCCGGGGUUGCGGAUCCGAAUGCGUUGCCCUCGUCCAGGAGCACUGCCCCAGGAGGGGUUGCGACAUCUAGUAGCGGCGAGGUGAUCACGCCCCCUUCGCCGACAUCAAGCGCGGAAGGUGGCGUUGCCACACCUCCAGGCCCCGCCACACCUCCAGGCCCCAGCGACGUUGGGGGCAGCACCCCCGGCGUCCCCGGCACCCCCGGCGUCCCCGGCACCCCCGGCGUCCCCGGCACCCCCGGCGUCCCCGGCACCCCCGGCAUCCCCCCGACGAGCUCGGCCGGAGGUGGCCCUCCGACACUCCCGAGCACCAGUGCUGGUGGGGUCCUGCCGCCUCCUGCGAGUUCAGGCCCGGGUUCGGGCCCGUCUGAAGCGCCAGGACCGGGGUCUUCCUUUAUCGUCUCUGUUGGCCCCGGGGGCACCCCGCCCCCUCCCCCUCCUGGGGCUAGCGAAACAGCCUCGCCCAGCGGGAUAGCCUCGCCCAGCGGCACAGCCUCGCCCAGCGCAACUGGGGCCGGCGGCGCACCGAUUGAGACCACUGUGCCUCUGGCUCCCGGCCAACCGUUCGUGAUCAACAUCGUCAGGUACCUCAGGAAUGUUGGCGACCAGGCGCUCUCCUGGAUCCCAUCGCCGGUCUGGUUACUGUACAAUGGCAACAUCACAUCAUUCUCCGGCACGAUCCCGACCGACUUCCCUGCCGGGCCGUUUGUUAUCACCGUGACAGCCGGCCAACCCACCACGGGGUCGAACGGGCCCCAGCAGCGCAGACAGGCAGCCGGCGUGUACACCUUCGCCAUCGAGCUGCUCAUCGUGGCCCCUGGCGGCCCCCUGCCGACGCCGUCAUUGCCCACCUUGCCUGUUGGACCGUCGACCAGCGCGGUGCUGCCAUCGUACACCAACACCGUCUACGAGACGAUCACGUCCACCAUCACGCGCUGUCCCGUGUGCAAGCCUGAGGUCACGCUGUUCGCGGUGCCGGUCGGAACGACUUGCAUCACAGCUGAGGUCUUCACGACGCCCUGUGAGGUGACCUACACCAAGACACGGCCUGACGGCGUCGUCACGCCCAUGGUGACUACCACCAUCAGCAGAAUCCCGUACAACCCGGCCGAGAGCACGGUGGUGGUCACCACCGUCGACUACCUCACGACCAAGUACACGACCACGGUUCUGGUCGCCGUCACCAGGACCGUGCAGAGGCUGCUGCCCACGAAGGAGGCGGGCCCCGUCCAGCCCCCUCCGCCGCCGCCGCCGCCGCCAGCACCUCCUGGGCCUCCGGGUGGGGCUGCCGGCCCCGUCCCCGGACCCCCGGCCCCGCCGCCCAACGUAGGGUACGGCACCGGCGCAUACAACGGCUCCCAGGGCGCCAAGCCCACGAUCCCCGUCACGGCAGGGGCGAGCAUGGACCGGUUUGUAGAGAUGUUCGUCCUGCUGAGCGGUAUCGCCUUUGGGGCGCUCCUCCUAUUAUAA